UGUGUAGUGUGUGUGUUGCGCUAGAAGAUCAACGAGUAGUAAUAAUAAUAAGAAGAAGAAGAAUUCUCCGCUGAUCCAACUUUGGAUCUUUAUCUAAUGGAACGGAUGAUGCCCAGUGAAAAGCAUGCUACUUUCUCGUUUUAAACAAUGUCUCAUAGGGAUAUAUCUGAGGUCGAGCCCGAAGGUACGUCGGCCUUGGCCGCUGGAUCUCGAGUUUUAUUCCUGGAGACGGUGCGUCGUAGCAAUGCAGCAUGUCAAAACGGAGAUUACGCUCUAGCUGCUACUCUGUACACAGAAGCUCUCGCCCUAGAUCCCAUCAGUCAUGUUCUUUAUUCAAAUCGAUCGGCGGCUCGUCUCAAAAUGGGAAUGUUCGCCUUGGCCCUACAGGAUGCAGUUAGAGCCACAGAAUUGAGUCCCGAAUGGCCGAAGGCUUACUAUCGUCAAGGCGUUGCUCUUCAGUGCUUGGGAAGACAUGGAGAAGCCUUGGUUGCUUUCAGUGUUGGAUUGGCAAGGGAUCCAUCGAAUUGUCAAUUGCUGUCGGGCCUCGUCGAAGCCUCCUUAAAAUCACCGCUUCGUGUUACAUUGGAACCGACGUUUCAACAGCUUCGAGCAAUGAAACUGGACGAGUCGCCUUUUGUUGUCAUCUCAGUGGUUGGACAAGAACUUUUGGGUGCCGGUCAAUACAGAGCAGCAGCUGGAGUCCUCGAAGCAGCCUUAUCAAUCGGCUCUUGUAGUCUAAAAUUAAGAGGAUCAGUUUUCUCCGCCCUCUCCAGCGCUUAUUGGGCUCUAAAUUCACUGGACAAGGCUAUUGGCUAUAUGCAACAGGACCUUGGAGUAGCAAGAUCUCUGGGCGACACACAGGGCGAAUGUCGAGCCCAUGGAAAUCUUGGUUCGGCCUACUUCAGCAAGGGAAGUUACAAGGAAGCAUUAACAGCUCAUCGUUAUCAAUUGGUCCUGGCGAUGAAGUGCAAAGACACGCAAGCAGCAGCUUCAGCACUAACGAGUCUUGGCCACGUUUACACGGCAAUUGGGGAUUUACCGAAUGCCCUAGCGUCCCAUAAGCAGUGUGUCCAGCUCGUGAAGCAAAUGGGCGAUCGUCUCCAGGAGGCAAGGGAAAUAGGAAACGUAGGCGCCGUUUAUCUAGCAAUGGGCGAAUUCGAAAGUGCCGUCGAUUGUCAUACCCAACAUUUACGAAUAGCCAGAAGACUCAGCGAUCGUGUCGAGGAGGCCAGGGCCUUCAGUAAUCUAGGGUCGUCCCAUCAUUAUCGUAGGAAUUUCGGACAAGCAAUGGCCUAUCACGAGAAUGUACUUCGAAUCGCUCAGGAACUUGGCGAUAGGGCAAUUGAAACCAGAGCCUAUGCUGGUCUGGGACAUGCGGCCAGAUGCGCCGGUGACCUAGCUCAAGCAAAACUUUGGCAUCAGCGACAAUUGGACGUGGCACUAACGACAAAAGAUAAAGUUGCCGAGGGAAGAGCGUGCAGUAAUCUUGGAAUUGUUUAUCAGCUGCUUGGGGAGCAUGACGCGGCUCUAAAAUUACAUCAGGCGCAUCUUGGAAUUGCCAGAAGUUUGGGUGAUAAAGCAGGAAUGGGUAGAGCCUACGGAAACAUUGGCAAUGCGUACAAUGCUCUGGGCUAUUACGAGCAAGCUAUUAAAUACCACAAACAAGAAUUAACAAUAAGCAAAGAGGUAAACGACAGAAGUUCAGAAGCGAGUACACAUGGAAAUUUAGCAGUAGCCUAUCAGGCGGUACAAGGCCACGAGGCUGCAUUAAGACACUAUAGGGUACAUUUAGCAAUAGCUAGAGAAUUAAAAGACGCUGCGGGUGAGGCUUGUGCUCUGCUGAAUCUCGCCAAUUGCCUCUCGUCGCGAGGACGAUUCGAGGAAGCUGUUCCCUAUUACGAAAACUAUCUAAUGCUGUCUCAGGAAUUACACGACGUCGAAGGUGAAGCAAAGGCUUGUCACUUUCUUGGCUAUGCUCACUAUUGCUUGGGAAAUCAUCGCGAAGCGGUCAGAUAUUACGAUCAAGAUCUAGCUCUGGCUAAGGAUUUGCAGGACAAAUCUGGAAUGGGAAGAGCCUACUGUAACCUUGGACUUGCUCACUUGGCACUUGGAAAUUUGGACACUGCGUUGGAGUGCCAAAAAUAUUAUCUUGCAAUAGCCCAUAUGACAAAGCACUUCGCUGGUAAGUUCCGUGCUCUGGGGAAUAUCGGAGACUGUCUCUUGAAACUCGGAGAGACUGACGAAGCGAUAAAGAUGCAUCAGAGACAACUGAAUUUAGCUCGACAAUCGGCUGACAGGAGUUUAGAGGCAGCAGCGUAUGGAGCAUUGGGAAUUGCUCAUCGAACAACGAGAAAUUUGGAUAAAGCUUUAGGUUUUCAUACUCAAGAGUUAACGUUGAGACAAGAAGCCGGUGAUUUGAGGGGCGAGUGUCGUGCUCAUGGGAAUUUGGGUGCUGUUCACAUGGCUUUGGGACAAUAUACACACGCUGUUAAGUGCUAUCAGGAACAAUUGGAGAGAGCAAGAGAACUUGCCGAUUCAGGUGUUGAAGCACAAGCUUUAGGUAAUUUGGGAAUAGCGAGACUGAAUAUGGCACAUUAUGAGGAGGCAAUUGGAUAUUUCGAGCAACAAUUAGCGACAUUGGAACCACUGACAACUGGAACGGCUUUAUUGGAUAAAGCUAGAGCACUAGGAAACUUGGGAGAUUGUUAUGAAGCUUUGGGUGAUCCUGAUGAGGCGAUCAAGUGUCAUGAGCAGCAAUUAUCAGCGGCACUGAAAUUACGUAGUAUUCGUGAUCAGGAGAGAGCUUAUAGGGGACUUGGUAGGGCUCGAGAAGCUUCGGGUAAUUUACAGGAGGCUUUGGUUUGUUUUGAGAAACGAUUGGUCACUGCUCAUGAAGUCGAUAAUCUGGAAUUGAGAGGAGCGGCUUAUGGUGAUCUGGGCAGAGUCCAUACAGCUCUUGGAAAUCAUGAACAAGCUGUAAGUUGUCUAUCGCAUCAGUUAGCCUUGGCGAGGGGUCUAGGGGAUCGGGCCGGAGAAGCGGAAGCUGCAAGUGGACUUGGAGUUGUUCAUCUCCUGAUGGAUGAUCUCAAUUCCGCUUUGCGUCAUCAUCAACUAGAAUUGUCGAUAGCGGAAAGUUUGGACGCGGCCGGUUUGCAGGCGAGAGCCUGCGCCAACUUGGGAGCCACUCAUGAAGCUCUGGCCCAAUUCGAAGAGGCAAUUAGACUUCAGGAACAAUCUUUGAGUCUAGCUGCUGCGGCUGGGGAUCAAGUAGCAAGAGCUGCAGCUUUCUCGAGUCUUGGGCGUCUUCACCAUUUGUGUGGUGAUCUCUGCCGAGCGCUAAGUUAUCUCCAAUCGGGAUUGUCUCUGUCCGAGGGUUUAGGUCGCAGAGAAGAGGCAGCUAGGCUCAGACAUCGUCUAGGUUUGGUGCAUUGGGAAGCUGGAGAGGCGACAAUUUCUGUCGAACAACUUGAAAAAGCUGCGAGUCUACUAGAAUCUUUAGAUAAUUCUUCGGCAAGUUUGGUGUAUAUUUGUGGUCAACCCAGCAGAAAUGAUCUACUUUCUCAAACAUACAGAAUGUUGCAAAAGGUCCUGGUGAACUUGAGUCGACCUGAGGAGGCCCUGAAUUGGGCGGAACGUUCCAGACGAACAAAGAACAGUUUGGAUGAUGCGACUCAUUAUUCAGAGAUUGUUGAUAGACAAAGAGGAAUUAUCCUGUACUAUAGUGAAGUAGAAAGCGAACUUCACGCCUGGUGUCUUGCUCCCGGUCGAGGAUUGAUACGAUUCCAUUCUACAAUUCUAGAGAACGGUGUUGACUUAGAGAAGAGAGUUGCUCAUGCUAGAGAAGCUCUUCUUGGCGAAACUAGUGACAUAAAUGAGGAGUGCGCAACAAUUCCAUCGAGAGGACAUCAUCUAAAUGCUAGUUCUUACAGUCUAAGUAGUUUAUUCAGCGUCGGUUCUGUAAGUUCCCGAGCUGGUAGUGUACGAUGGGGAAGAGCAAAGGGUCCAUCCUGGCAAGCACCUCAAGCAAUUCAACACCUAUACGACCUACUUCUAGCACCUUUCGAAGAUCUUUUACCACCAACAAGAAAAGAAUUGAUCAUGGUUGUGGAAAAAUCGCUUUUCUUAGCUCCCUUACCAGCAUUACAAUCAACCACAAGUGAGGAUUAUCUGUGUGAGAGAUUCUCCCUUCUAGUAGUACCUUCACUAGCAGCUCUUAAAAAACGUUCAAGAACCCCAAUGCCCGAAGGUGGAGCAACUGUCGCCGCCUUAGUAGCAGGAAAUCCAACACUACCAGACAAAGUUCGAGAAGAUUUCGGCUGGCCUGAAAGUGUUUCCUCAGCCGAAACAGAAACUGGAAUCGUCGCCGAACUCCUGGAGACGAGACCUUUGAUUGGAUCGGAAGCAACAAGAUCAGCAGUCUUGAGAUCACUACCAGAUGCCGAAUGCGUUCAUCUAACAACUCCCAUUCUGUGGGAUUCACCAAAUCUAGCUUUAUGUGCUGAUCAGAGCGAGGAACCACCAGAGAGACCAGAGUACCUAAUCAAUUGUGCUGAUGUAUCGAGAUUAAAAUUAACAGCCCGUUUGGUUGUUCUUUCCAGUGGACAUUGUUGGAGUGGCGGGGACAAUACAACAGUCACUACAGACGGAGUGGAAAAAUUGACAAAAACUCUUCUUAAUGCUGGUGCUCAAUGUGUCUUAAUUGGAAUGUGGCCGGUACCACCAACAGCCGGUAGUAUUUUACUCCGAGCAUUCUACAGUGCAAUGUUGCAAGGUGCAAGAGCAUCAAGAGCAUUAGCUGAAGCAAUGCAAACUGUUCAACACACCAGGCACUUUGCUCAUCCUAUAAAUUGGGCCGGAUGGCUCCUUCUCGGAGGUGAUGCUCGUUUGUCAAAUAAGGUUGCUUUGAUGGGUCAAGCUUUAGCCGAACUGCUACGAAGUGGUCCAGAGCAGAGUCGAGACGCUCUCCGUGUGACUUUGCAUCUAGUGGAAAAAUCCCUACAAAGAAUACACUGCGGUCAAAAGAAUGCGAUGUACACCACCCAGAGGAGUAUCGAAAAUAAAGUUGGUUCAGCAACUGGCUGGAGGGAAUUACUCAUGUCAGUUGGAUUUAGAUUCGAACCGGCUGGCAAUGGAAUUCGACCAUCGGUAUUUUUCCCUCAAAGUGAUCCAGAGGAAAGAUUAACAAGAUGUAGUGCUAGUUUGCAAGCUCUUCUUGGAUUGGGUCCUGCCUCAUUGCACGCUUUAGUUCGACUCCUACAGGCGCCGGAAGUUGCGGAGGAUGUUAUUUCUGCAAUGAGAAGAGCUAGCAGUGCAACCGAGGGUCAUGAAGUUUCGUUACCGGUUCGCGUCUGGAGAGCUUCGGGUUCACACGAAUUAUUCGCAAGUUUGGGUUUCGAUCUAAUGGAAGUUGGUCAGUCGGAGGUUAUCCUCCGAACUGGAAAACAGGCAUCACGCAGGGCAGUGCAAUUCGCUCUUCAAGCACUUCUAGCACUUUUCGAUACUCAAGAAGCGCCAAAGAGUCUUAGUCUUGACUCGGGAAGUUCUAUGGAGAGCCUCGUUUCCGUUGCUCCAACCGACAAAAGUUUAACAGAUCGUCCAAGAUUAGGCGGUGCUUUUGCAAGCUAUGUUCGACAUCGUGGCGAGCCUGACGGAAAAACCACGGAGCCUUCCAACAUCUCAGUAUCGAGACAGUCGAUCCAAAACGGCGGAGGUGAAUCAGACGCUGCAUUCACUCCAAGUCCACCAAUCGCAAUGAAUCUAAAUCAUCAGAAACGAAUUAGAAACAUAUAUUCCGAUCAAAGCGCAAGACCUGGUUCAAGUUCAAGUAGUUCGGCAACAGAUUGGGAAAAUGGCCACGCCACCGUAUUGAGAAGACAACCUCUACCUCCACUUCCCGUCACCGUACUAGAACGACUGAGUGUACGAACAGAAAUUGGUAAUGGUUCAUCGAGAAAAUUACGAAAUUCAUCAAAUGAAGAUUUAAAACCUCCAAAGGAAUCGACCCAAACAAAUGAAGCGAUACCGCAUAAUUUACGUAAUGUCGCAACAUCAUUGACAAGUUUAACACGUGAAUUAACGCCAACAAUAUCAGAGGUUUAUCAUGAACGAAAUUUAGGUUUGGGUCUUGCUCCAUCGCUCUCGAAACUUCUCGAGGACGUGGAUUCAGUGCCUGAGACGGAGCAAAAUCAAAUGAGAAGAACGGCACAACCACAAAAUUGGUUACACAACGAGACUGAAUUAUGUCGGCGCGAUGAAGCCGAUGGAAGAUCAAUUGCUGAAUCCCAAUGUAGCGCGACAAGUUCUAAUAAAAUACAUAGAAAAGCGCCUCCACCUCCAGUAUAAAUUAUUAUUUAUGACAUAUUUAUAAGAAGACAAGAAACAAAAAAUUGAAAAAAAUAUUGUUAAUUAUUAUGUUGACAAUAUUACUUAAGAUAUAUGUAAGAUAUUGUUUUAUAUUAUUAGCAGUGAAAAUAAAGUUGGCUAAUUUCUUGCCACAUUAA